AUGCCUGAUUCAAAAACAAAAAUUCGCCCACAGCAAUCGUGUCUCAAGUGUCGCGAGCGCAAAGUGAAGUGCGACCGCUCGAUUCCUUGCCAUGCCUGUAUCAUCCGCGGCUUGGAAGCAGAAUGCAGCUAUACAGCGACCGCCGAAGAUCGCGCCCAUAUCAGUCAGGCGGACAUCAUUGAACGUCUUCGCCGCGAAGUCGCCCAGCUGCGGGGACGCUUGAAUCAGCCCCGCGAACCCUCCCAAACUAAGAGCUGGCGACAACAUCCUUAUGCGCCUGCGUCUGUGUCUGCGGAGUCAAGCUCCAGACGGGGCGGGAGAGGAAAUGACGGUCAAUAUUCGACUGGACUUGAGACGGAAGGGAGCUGGCGUGGGAGUUCGCCGUCCUCGUCUACGACUACCAUGACGAACUCGGUAACUGUUACGAGUCCUGAUAGUACGGGUAGCCCUUGUGAGCUAGGGGCGAGGUCAGUUUCCUCGCGGUCGGCUUCUGCUUCUGCUCCUGCUUCUGCUCCUGCGCCGGCGUCGGCGUCAGUAUCGGUAUCGGUCUCAGCUUAUCUUGUACCGACGGGGUAUGCGCCGCAGGUUGCGGAGUUCGAUCGGUCAAGUAAUGAUGCGGUCGCUUUUGGACAUGAUGCGAUAAUGCCCGGCUAUGGAAGCAUGGUCCUUGGGGACAUGUCCAGUACGGUCGCGAAGCAAGUACCAGUCCAGGGACCAACCAGUGAUGCGAUUUUAGGCAUGCACCCAGUAUACGACAGCACAAUGCCGCUCGACGGCAAACCUCUCCCAUACUAUCCCCAGAACACCAAAUACCCGGCGCCACUACCAACGCCAACUCCAACACAUUUCAAUGAACUUUCAAUAUCAAAUGAGGAGAAUCAAUGGGCAGGUGUAUACGGGAGUGCAGGCCAAAGCCAAUUUCCGAUUCAGCCCUAUACGUCUCAAUAUCUAUCUAUCAACACCUUCGCCAAUACCAAUGCAAACAUAAACCCCUAUGCAGAUGUACCUGUACCAACUUUGGCAGGCGAUACUUCAAGCCGUGCCAGUUCCAACUCCGACCGCCUCUCGCCAUCAAUCAUGAAUUCCAUCCCCAGCUCAUGGAAAGGGGAAGGCAAAAAGGCAGUUCUGCAAGCACUGCUAGAGACAAUCGGCAGCUGCGAUGAGCAUCAGGUUGCUCAAGUGAUCCAAGUGGUGCGGACGAGCCCGACGCCCGAAGAGGCAGUAUCAGGGAUAUGUCAGGUUUUGGGAUUGGGAAUGGGUGGUGACAGCUACUAG